AUGGGAGCUGAAGCAGGUUGUUUCGGAGGACACCAUUUUAUUACUAAAAUUUUCGAUCACUUGCAAAAAGCCUUCAAGGAUGAAGCAGUUGGGAUCAGAUAUGAAGUUUCCGGCGAUGGAAGUUUUAGCUUGACGCCGGAGCUGAGUUCCGGCGAGGCAAACGACAAUGAGCGGCCUAGUGAGGCUCCACAGGCGACCCCCUUAACGAUGUCCGCGUCAUUUAGGGAUAGAGGCAAGAGCUCGCCGCGACGGAGGGCGGCGGUCCGACCGAAUUUAGAUGCAGAUGAGUUCUUAAAUCUGCUUCACGGGUCGGAUCCUGUGAUGUUGGAGCUCAAUCGCCUCGAAAAUUUAUAA